AUGUUUGUCAGCUACCUGAUAUUAACAUUGUUCUACGUUCAAACAGCAGUGUUAGCAAGACCUGAGGGAGAGACUAUUGGCUGUGAUGACUACUUAGGCUCUGACAAGGUUAUAGAUAAAUGCGGUAUCUGUGGAGGAGAUAACACUGGCUGCCAAAUUGUGUCAGGAGUGUUUAAGCACACCCUCACCAGCCUGGGCUAUCAUCGCGUUGUUGAAAUCCCACAAGGGGCCACAAAAAUUAACAUCACUGAGAUGUACAAAAGCAACAAUUAUUUGGCUUUGAGGAGUCGAUCAGGCCGUUCCAUCAUCAAUGGAAACUGGGCAAUUGACCGGCCUGGUAAAUAUGAAGGUGGAGGGACAAUGUUCACCUACAAGAGACCAAACGAAAUCUCUAGCACUGCAGGAGAGUCGUUUUUAGCUGAAGGUCCCACUAAUGAAAUCCUAGAUGUCUAUAUGAUACACCAGCAGCCCAACCCAGGUGUCCACUAUGAGUAUGUUAUCUCAGGAACUAAUGCUAUUAGCCCACAGCUACCACCUCAUAGAAGACCAGGAGAACCUUUCAAUGGACAGCUCACAGUGCCAGAUGGAAGGAAUCCAGAGGAAGAAGAGAAGCAAGAAGAGAAGAAGGAGAAAUUUCCCAGUGGGGAGAUGGAAAUAUUUACUGAAGACACAGUCCACAGCUUUCCAGUGAGACAGCCCGAAAGAUUCUCACCCCACCAACCAGACAACCUGGUCCCGGUUUUACAAUCACCACGGAGAACCAGAGACCAUAAUUGGAAGCAGGUUGGGACAACAGAGUGCUCAGCUACCUGUGGGAAAGGAUCACAAUAUCCCAUCUUUCACUGUGUGAGUAGAAAUACUCAUGAAGAGGUUCCAGAAAGCUAUUGUGACCCCAGCACCAAACCUACUCCUGAGGAAGAAGCCUGCAAUAUUUUCCCUUGCCCAGCCUUCUGGGAUAUAGGGGAAUGGUCUGAGUGCAGUAAAACAUGUGGCCUUGGAAUGCAACACCGCCAAGUCCUCUGUCGCCAGAUGUAUGCCAACCGGACCCUGACAGUACAGCCAUAUCGCUGCCAGCACCUGGAGAAACCAGAAACCACCAGUACUUGCCAGCUGAAGAUCUGCAGUGAAUGGCAAAUUCGGACGGAAUGGACCUCGUGUUCAGUACCAUGUGGUGUGGGACAAAGGACUCGAGAUGUGAAGUGUGUCAGCAACAUUGGGGACAUUGUGGAUGAUGAGGAAUGUAACAUGAAGCUCCGGCCAAAUGAUAUCGAAAACUGUGAUAUGGGUCCCUGUGCAAAGAGCUGGUUCUUGACAGAGUGGAGUGAACGGUGCUCUGCAGAAUGUGGUGUCGGAGUAAGAACACGUUCAGUGGUAUGCAUGACCAACCAUGUCAGCAGCCUGCCCUUGGAGGGCUGUGGCAAUAACAGACCAGCAGAAAUUACCCCUUGUGACAAUGGCCCCUGUGCUGGCAAAGUGGAAUGGUUUGCUGGGAGUUGGAGUCAGUGUUCAAUUGAAUGUGGAAGAGGAACACAGCAGAGGGAAGUGAUUUGUAUCAGGAAGAAUCCAGAUACUUUUGAUGUAUUGGAUCCCCAUGAAUGUUCAUUCUCAGAAAGACCUCCCAGUCAGCAAUCCUGCUACCUCAAACCCUGUGGUGCUAAAUGGUUUAGUACAGAAUGGAGUGUGUGCUCCAAAAGCUGCCAAGGUGGAUUUCGGGUACGAGAGGUACGAUGUCUAUCAGAUGACAUGACCCCAAGUAACCACUGUGACUCUCAGAAUAAACCAGAAGAAAAAGAAUCUUGCAAUACUCAAGACUGUGUCCCUGAAGUUGAUGAAAACUGCAAAGACAAAUAUUACAACUGCAACGUGGUGGUCCAAGCCCGGCUCUGUGUCUACACCUAUUACAAGACCGCGUGCUGUGCAUCCUGUACAAGAGUGGCCAACAGACAGUCGAGUUUUGCCGGGCGCAGAUAA